AUGGCCGUCUAUGCCCUCACGGGCUUCUCGCUCGUCAGCCUGCUCAGCUUUGGCUAUUUGUCCUGGGACUGGAUGAAGCCCAGUUUGGUGGCUGAUGUGGCCACAGACCCCAUGGAGAAAUCACCGCCUCCCACCUUCACCAGGCCACCCCACAUCAUCUUCAUUCUGACCGACGACCAGGGCUACCACGAUAUCGGCUAUCACGGCUCAGAUAUCCAGACACCGACGCUGGACAGGCUGGCAGCAGAGGGUGUGAAGCUGGAGAACUACUACAUCCAGCCCAUCUGCACCCCGUCCCGGAGCCAGCUGAUAACUGGCAGGUACCAGAUCCACACAGGAUUGCAGCACUCCAUCAUCCGCCCUCGGCAGCCCAACUGCCUGCCCCUGGACCAGGUCACCCUGCCGCAGAAGCUGCAGGAAGCCGGCUACUCCACGCACAUGGUGGGCAAGUGGCACCUGGGCUUCUACAAGAAGGAGUGCCUGCCCACUCGCCGGGGCUUCGACACCUUCCUGGGCUCCCUGACAGGCAACGUGGAUUACUACACCUACGACAACUGCGACGGGCCUGACGUCUGCGGCUACGACCUGCACGAGGGGGAGGACGUGGCGUGGGACCAGAGCGGGAAAUAUUCCACCUUCCUCUACGCCCAGCGGGUCAGCAAGAUCCUGGCAUCCCACAGCCCCAAGGAGCCCAUCUUCAUCUACGUGGCCUUCCAAGCGGUGCACACGCCCCUGCAGUCCCCCAAGGAGUACAUCUACCGCUACCGCUCCAUGGGCAAUGUCGCCCGCCGCAAGUACGCGGCCAUGGUCACCUGCAUGGACGAGGCGGUCAAGAACAUCACCUGGGCCCUCAAGAAGUAUGGGUACUAUGACAACAGUGUGAUCGUGUUCUCCACGGAUAACGGUGGGCAGACCUUCUCCGGGGGAAGCAACUGGCCGCUGCGGGGUCGCAAAGGGACGUACUGGGAAGGGGGAGUGCGGGGCAUUGGUUUUGUGCACAGUCCCCUGAUCAAGCGCAAGCGUCGGACAAGCUGGGCGCUGGUUCACAUUACAGACUGGUACCCUACUCUGGUCAGCCUGGCCAGGGGCAACCUGAGCAAUGUCCAAGGCUUGGAUGGCUACGAUGUCUGGCCUGCUAUCAGUGAGGGCAAGGAGUCGCCACGCACUGAAAUCCUGCACAACAUUGACCCCUUGUACAACCAUGCCAAGUACGGCUCCUUGGAGGACGGCUUCGGCAUCUGGAACACGGCUGUGCAAGCUUCCAUCAGGGUUGGGGAGUGGAAGCUCCUCACUGGCGACCCAGGGUACAGCGACUGGAUACCCCCACAGACCCUGACCAACUUCCCAGGGAGCUGGUGGAACCUGGAGCGUCUCACCGAUGGCCCGAGGAAGUCCGUGUGGCUCUUCAACAUCACCGCCGACCCCUACGAGCGCUACGACCUCUCAGAGCAGCGGCCAGACGUGGUCAGGAGCCUCCUGCUGAGGCUGGUGCACUACAACCGCACGGCCAUCCCGGUGCGCUACCCUGCCGAGAACCCCCGCGCUCACCCCGACUUCAACGGCGGUGCCUGGGGCCCGUGGGCCACUGAGGAUGAGGAGGAGGAGUGGGAAGGAGGCCGGGAGUCCCUGAAAGGCAGGAACAAGAAGAAGAAGAAGAAGUGCAAGAUCUGCAAGCUGCGCUCCUUCUUCCGCAAGCUGAACACCAGGCUCAUGUCCAACCGCAUCUGACAGGACACUCCCCCAGCAUCCACCCGUCCUGGCCAGGGUGGAGCUCUGGACUGCAGUGCCAUGGGAUGGGAGUGAGGGAGAAGGACAGGCAGGGAGGUGGCCAGUGCUCUCUUGCUCUCCCUUGUUCCAGGGUUCACUCCGAAACACUUCUCCUCCCUGGCUGGAGUGGUGGCCACAGGGAGCUGCUCCCAGUGGGUGAGGAAGGGUGAUGUGGUCUCUGCUGCGGUGCUUGG